AUUCUCGCGAGAUUUAUCGGCAGCCAUCUUCUUGGGGGUGCUGGGAGCCGGGAAGACCCCCCGAAUCGUUCCCAUUGAGCUGUCCUUCGUCUUCGCCUUUUUCCCUUCCCCCCCUUUUCCCUUCAGUUUUGCUGCUUCUGCGUGGCCAACAAGCACCCAGUCCCGCAGCUGAGAGAGAGCCCGGGUGUAAGCGCGUGUCGCGCUCCCGGUCGGGGCAGGGGGAGGGCCGGGGCGAACCGUUGCUGCCUCGGCCCGGGCUGAGGUGCGGAGACGGGGUCGGGGGACGGCUCCCGGCGGCCCUGGGACUCGGGGCCUGCGGCGGUCCCCGCGGCGCUGCUCGCGGCAGCCGGCCACCGGCGCCGUCCAGCGCGGCCCGCGCGAGCGGCGCGCGGAGGAAGGGGCGGGGGCAGCGGCGGCUGUAGCGGCCGCGACCGGGGCGGGCGGACGAGCGGGGACGGGCCUCGGGGCCGCCGUGGAUGGUUUCUAAAAUGAUCAUUGAAAACUUCGAGGCCCUCAAGUCCUGGCUCAGCAAGACCCUCGAGCCCAUCUGUGAUGCAGAUCCAUCAGCCCUAGCAAAAUAUGUUCUGGCUUUGGUAAAGAAAGAUAAAAGUGAAAAAGAGUUAAAGGCAUUAUGUAUUGAUCAGCUGGAUGUAUUUCUUCAGAAAGAGACACAGAUAUUUGUGGAGAAACUUUUUGAUGCUGUGAAUACAAAGAGUUAUCUACCUCCUCCUGAGCAGCCAUCAGCAGGAAGCCUAAAGGUAGAAUUUUUUCAGCACCAAGAAAAAGAUAUAAAAAAGGAAGAGAUCACAAAAGAGGAAGAACGAGAGAAAAAGUUUUCUAGAAGGUUAAAUCAUAGUCCUCCUCAGUCAAGCUCUCGUUACAGAGAAAAUAGAAGUCGUGAUGAGAGGAAAAAAGAGGAUCGUUCUCGCAAAAGAGAUUAUGACCGAAACCCUCCUCGGAGAGAUUCCUACAGAGACCGGUACAACAGAAGAAGGGGGCGCAGUCGCAGCUACAGCCGAAGUCGGAGUCGGAGCUGGAGCAAGGAGAGACUCCGUGACAGGGACAGAGAUAGGAGCAGAACACGAAGCAGGAGCAGAACACGAAGCAGGGAAAGAGAUUUGGUAAAACCUAAAUAUGACCUGGAUAGAACGGAUCCCUUAGAAAACAAUUAUACUCCAGUCUCUUCGGUACCUAGUAUUUCAUCUGGUCACUAUCCUGUACCCACUUUGAGCAGCACUAUUACAGUUAUUGCUCCUACUCAUCAUGGUAACAACACUACUGAAAGUUGGUCUGAAUUCCAUGAAGAUCAGGUGGACCAUAACUCUUACGUAAGACAACCAAUGCCAAAGAAACGAUGUAGAGACUAUGAUGAAAAGGGUUUUUGUAUGAGAGGAGACAUGUGCCCUUUUGAUCAUGGAAGUGACCCAGUUGUUGUAGAAGAUGUGAAUCUUCCUGGUAUGCUGCCUUUUCCAGCACAACCUCCUGUUGUUGAAGGACCACCUCCGCCUGGACUGCCCCCACCGCCACCAAUUCUUACACCCCCACCUGUGAAUCUCAGACCUCCAGUGCCACCUCCAGGUCCAUUACCACCCAGCCUUCCACCUGUCACAGGACCACCACCUCCUCUUCCUCCUUUGCAGCCAUCUGGCAUGGAUGCUCCCCCAAAUUCCGCGACCAGUUCUGUUCCUACUGUAGUAACAACUGGCAUUCAUCAUCAAACUCCUCCAGCUCCACCCUCUCUUUUUACUGCAGUUUUUGUAUUACCAGAUACAUAUGACACAGAUGGCUACAAUCCUGAAGCCCCAAGUAUAACGAACACUUCCAGACCUAUGUACAGACACAGAGUGCAUGCGCAGAGGCCUAACUUGAUAGGACUGACAUCAGGGGAUAUGGAUUUGCCACCCAGAGAAAAGCCACCUAAUAAAAGCAGUAUGAGGAUAGUGGUGGACUCAGAGUCAAGGAAAAGAACCAUUGGUUCUGGGGAGCCUGGAGUUCCUACAAAGAAGACUUGGUUUGAUAAACCUAACUUUAACAGGACGAACAGCCCAGGCUUUCAGAAGAAGGUUCAGUUUGGAAAUGAGAACACCAAACUAGAACUUAGAAAAGUUCCUCCAGAGUUAAAUAAUAUCAGCAAACUUAAUGAACAUUUUAGUCGAUUUGGAACCUUGGUUAACCUACAGGUAGCCUAUAAUGGUGAUCCUGAAGGUGCUCUUAUCCAGUUUGCAACUUAUGAAGAAGCAAAGAAAGCAAUAUCAAGUACAGAAGCAGUGUUAAAUAAUCGCUUUAUUAAGGUUUAUUGGCACAGAGAAGGAAGCACUCAACAGUUACAAAAUACUUCCCCAAAGCCUUUAGUCCAGCAACCUAUUUUGCCUGUUGUGAAACAGUCAGUCAAAGAGCGGUUGGGUCCAGUACCUUCAAGUACUGUUGAGCCAGCAGAAGCCCAGAGUGCCAGUGCAGAACUUCCUCAGAAUGUAACUAAGUUAUCUGUGAAGGACAGGUUGGGUUUUGUAUCAAAGCCAUCUGUUUCAGCAACUGAAAAGGUGUUGUCUACAUCUACUGGUCUAACUAAAACAGUGUAUAACCCAGCUGCAUUGAAGGCUGCACAAAAAACCUUACUGGUUUCCACGUCUGCAGUUGAUAAUAAUGAAGCACAGAAAAAGAAGCAGGAGGCACUGAAACUUCAGCAGGAUGUAAGAAAAAGGAAACAAGAAAUUUUAGAAAAGCACAUUGAAACACAAAAGAUGCUAAUUUCAAAACUGGAGAAAAAUAAAACAAUGAAAUCUGAAGAUAAAGCAGAAAUCAUGAAAACUCUUGAAGUUUUGACAAAAAAUAUCACCAAAUUGAAAGAUGAGGUCAAAGCUGCGUCUCCUGGUCGCUGUCUUCCAAAAAGUAUAAAGACCAAGACUCAGAUGCAAAAAGAAUUGCUUGAUACAGAGUUGGAUCUAUAUAAGAAGAUGCAAGCUGGAGAAGAAGUCACUGAACUUAGGAGGAAGUAUACAGAAUUACAGCUGGAGGCUGCAAAACGAGGGAUUCUUUCCUCUGGUCGAGGUAGAGGAAUUCAUUCAAGAGGUCGAGGUACAGCUCACGGCCGUGGCAGGGGUCGAGGUCGAGGCCGAGGGCGAGGUGUGCCCGGUCACGCUGUGGUGGAUCACCGUCCCAGGGCGUUGGAGAUUUCUGCGUUUACAGAGAGUGAUAGAGAAGAUCUUCUGCCUCAUUUUGCGCAAUAUGGUGAAAUUGAAGAUUGUCAGAUUGAUGACUCUUCACUUCAUGCAGUAAUUACAUUCAAGACAAGAGUAGACGCUGAAGUAGCUGCAGUUCAUGGAGCUCGUUUUAAAGGGCAGGAUCUAAAAUUGGCAUGGAAUAAACCAAUAGCUAACAUUUCAGCAGUGGAAACAGAAGAAAUUGAAGCUGAUGAAGAGGAAUUUCAGGAAGAGUCUUUGGUGGAUGAUUCAUUACUUCAAGAUGAUGAUGAAGAAGAAGAGGACAAUGAAUCUCGUUCUUGGAGAAGAUGAUUUGCCUGAUCAUUGAUCUGCAUAUGCUAGAACUCUACCUGUGUUGCAUUAGGAUUAUCUAAUGUACUUUACAUAUUUGUAAAAACAAUUUUUGCUAAAAUGUGAUGAAGAUGGAUUUCACAAAUAGACAAAAAAGAAGAAAACUACCUUCUGAUCCUGUAUUUUGAAAGAUUGAUAUUUACGUUUUAUUUCAGUAAACAGUUGCUAAAGACAUCACACUAGAAACAUAUGCAAUGUUUUUAUUACAUACUUCUGAACAUUACAGAAUUAUUUGGGUUCUUUGUAAUUUAAUGAAUAGGUCUGAAAACUUAUGACCAAUACUUGUUAUAACUUAGAGGAUUUUGUUUUACUCCAAAUAAGGAAUGAAUUUGCAUUUAAAAUCUUAAUGAAUGUUUUCAAAAAUUGAGUAGAUAACAUAGUGCUCUAACUAAAAUCUACAAGUUAUGUAUUCAUAUUACAUAGUAGUAUGCUUAGGCUUUACUAUGUAUUAGCCUUUUGUUGGACUUGUGUAUGUAUUUUACCAUAUGGGUUUUAAUGAUAAUGGUGUAUGACUGCUUUACGUAUGAGUCCUUAUGCAUCUGGAUGUUAAAAAAAUAAAGUGGAAUGGUCUCUUAAAAAAAAAAAAGAAAGAGAAAAGAAAAAGCAAUGACAAAAAAAAAAAAAAAGACCAAGACAAUGUUCCUUCAUUUUUAAAAGAAAAAAAAAAAAAGGAAAAAAAGAUUUAAAAGACGUAAGACCAUUCCAGAUGGCGAGAUACACUUCCCCGUGCCCCUCAGUUAUCACCAAAGCUAUAAUCACUCAUCUACUCCAGCACCUUUACAAUAAUGUUCAAUCCAAUGUUUAAAAUUUAUACCACUUCAGUUUGGUUUGAUCCUAUAAAUUUCAACAGAUGUCUUAAAAUUUAAAAGCAGGCUGAUUAGUUUGGAACCAGUCUUCAAGUAGAGCUAACAUUUGGUGAAUAAGAAAACAUCACAUUACAUUUUGGAUGUAUGAAAGAAAACUUGAGCAUUUGAAGAUAUAUGAAUAAAGAAAUGUACUAUAGAUACUACUUUAGGAAAACACUGUUUGGUAAGUGUUUCAGUCUGAUAUUUUAAGUGUGUAUUUCCUAUUCCUGCAUAAAAAUCUUUGAAAUUUACAACAAUAUUGUGAUUUUAAGUGGAUUUCUCUGGCAAGUGAACAUGAUCGUUGAAAGUUCAUACAGUAGUUUCUAGGAAAUAAAUGCAUGGGGAAUGGGUUUACCUAUUUAUCUUUUAAAAUCAGUCAUUUUAAUUGCAAGUAUUUCUCUUGAGAUUUAGUGAUAAUAUUAGAAAUUACAUUAAAAGUAACUUCCAUAUUGAGAUCCUAACAAUUAAAAACUAUUAAUUCUGCCACCAUCAUAGUUUUCUAUUAGUAGAAUAACUUGUUGACCCCAUCCCCCACUAGGGAUUAAAGUGGUGUUAUUGUUAGUACCAUUCCACAGAAAUGCUUGAAUAACAAUUGGUGCACAUGUUUAUACUUAAAAUUUUUAAAUCGAGUUUCAGUUUUCAAGAUAGUGACUUUACACAAAAAUUUCUCUACUAAGUUCUAUGAUACAUUUUUGUGUAGUCUCUUGUAUGUUGACUAUGUGCUAUUCUGAUUCAUUAGGUAAGUUUCUUUUCUUUUCUUUUUAGUAGUCGUGAAAGAUGCCAAAUUGGCAGAGGCUCACGUUUCUUCUCUUUACACCAAACAGGUAUUAUAAAGAAAGUAAAUCUUUCCAAGGCCAGUUAAAUAUCUCCAUACUGAUUUUUGGCUUUAUAAUUUGAUUAAUAAAUUUAACCUAUUUUUAAAAUUUUGUAAAAUUCCCUUAUAAUGUGACUGAAAUGACCUUUUCUGUUUAUUUCAAUCGAUAAAUAGCCAGUUCCCUUACUGUGAAAUUCUGUAGUAGCUGGAACUUAAACUGUAUUAAGCCAUAUUUUUUAGUUAUUUAAAAGACAGGUAUGAUUCAGAUUGGUCCCAAAGAAUGGGAAUAAUGUUACCAACAUUGAUUAGAUUCACAAUUAAUGCUUGUAGAGAGCAUUUGUAUUUGAGUUAUAAGUGCUAGUAAUUAUGUUCCUUGAUUUUUUAUUUAUGAAUUUAUUUAUAAAUACUAGAAUUCCAUAUGUACAUUCAUAUGUUCUCAUUUAAAUAUUAAGAUAUUUCCUGGAAGCAGUGAAUUUUCAUUUUACAGAUAAGAAAACUUUACACUAAUACAGGUGGAGUGACUUGCCCCAAAUUGUAGCUAGCAAAUGGAAGGGACUACAUUUAAAUGUAGUCAUUCUUAUUUCAGUGCCAUUUUUUUAAACUACAUAUUGUUGCCUUUUGCUACUUAUUGAUUGUGAGAUUAUGUUUAUGUUACUGUAGAAGUUCUUGAUCAUUAGGCAGUUUCUACUUUUACGCUGCCUCUUAGUAUAGCACUUUGUUCAUAUCUCUGUUACAGUAAUUAUGUUGUAAUUAAUUUAUCUGGUUUAUAUGUCUGUCUUCCCCACUAGAUUGCAAGCUCCUCUAGGAAGGGGACCAUGUCUUAUUCAUCUUUUUAUCUUUAGUGCUUAUCAGAAAGCCCGAAUCAUAGUGGGCACUUAGAUGUUUGUUGGAUGAAGUAAUGAAUGAGUGCAUAUUUAAAUUUCCAGUAAUAGAGUGAGGAUUACCUGUCUUAUUCAUUCUUAUAAGUUUUCCAAGUAUCUCUCUUGAAGGUCUGUCCAAUUUUUAGGACCAUUUUGCUAAAUAACUGAUACAGUUAAACUGUUAAGCUUCUCUCAGUGGUGUGACUAGUACUGCUGGAGGUAUACACAUGUAAUCCUGAAUAGAAUUUCCACAGUAAUUUUACUAUUAAUAUUUUGGAGUAUUAAUGUUGCAGUCAUUUUCAGGGGUAAAAAGUCUUAAUUUCUAUCAGUGUCUGCGAUUAUAAAGGCUGACAGUCACCAAUCUAGUUCAUCCCACUACUUUAUAUUAAAAGCAAACUAGUGUGUGGUUAAGACAAUUUUGGUCCAACUAUGUGUUUGACUCUGUGGCCUCAGUAAGUCUUUUGCCUCAUUCGAAAUUGUUUCUUUGCUCAUUGAAAAGGGUUGGACUAGAUGAUCUCUGAGGUCUCUUUCAAUUAAGAAAUUUCCCUGGUACAAUAUUAAUGUUUUUGCUAAAUCAGUUUAAUAAAUUUAAGCCAAUGCUUCCCAUGUGCUGUUACGGUUGUUUCUAUCCUCUUACCAGUGGAAACAACUUUGAUUUUGUUCAUUCAUACACUGUCUCUUGGUACUCUUUGGUACAGUUUUUAUGUAGUGUUCUUGAGUGCUUGCAUUUGCCAGCACAAAUUCCACGUAAAGUUUAUGGAAUAACUUCUAUUUUCACUGGCCCUUUCCCUUCCUAAUUAGAACUUUUCAUUUUGCUUCUGCACUCAGUGUUUAAAACCACAGAUAUGUACCUGUAUCCAGAUACAAUCAGUCUCCCAACCACUAUGUAUUUGUCUUCGCAUCUCAGUUUACUUUGCUUAUGCCUUUUAUAAUGUGCUGCCUAAAACUAUAAAUGCCUUUUUUAAUUCUACAGCUCUUCUAACAAGUUUUUUGCUUUAGUACAGAACUGGGCUGUGUAGAAUGGGUUGGAAAUGGGUAAAAGAUUAAGGAUGAUGUGGACAGCUUCUAUAGGAACAAAUAAGGAAAAAUAAAUUACUGUUCAAAGAUUGAUUAGGGUCAUCUCAGGGGAUGGUUGCAUUUUCAUUUUACAUAAAUUUUUUUUAACCUAUUUCAAUCAUUAUGGCUCUAAGCAGUGUUUUCAGUGUUAAUAUUUCAGUAGUUACUUAACUGAUGGCCACAGAUUUAAUGGAAACAUGUUAUAGGAAUGGGAGAGUGUCCCAUAGCUAUUGUUUCAUUGUAGUAUGAUUAAGUGUAACAAUUAGUAGUUUACUAUAAAGUCAGAAUUUCUUUGUUUUAGCUGAUUAACUGUAGAGACUAUGACUGAACUUAAAUGAAGGAAAUAUUUUAUAACUAGCAUCGGUUUGAAGGGCUUAUAUUUCUAAUAUUGGGACGUUAGCCAUUAGUUAAGAAGAUUCAGAAAGAAAGCAACUUCUUUGGUAUGUUGAAACAUCAAUGGCUAUUUUAGGGUUUUAUGCAAACUUUGUCAUAUUUUCUUCCUUUCCACCCCUCCCCCAACAUGUAAUGAUUAAUUAUGGCCUUUCAGUUUUAGUCCUUCUAUGAUUUGUUUAAGUAUUUGUAAGGUCCAGCCUCCCUCCACGCCCCACAUGUUUUUUGUUGUUUUGCUUUGUUUUUUUUUUUUUUUUUUUUUUUUACAAAGGACUGCCAGCCUUUUAAAACAGUAUGGAAUUCUGUUACUAAAUUAGUUCACUUUUGAUCAUUUUCACAGGCCUUUUGUAUUUUUAAAAAAUCCAAUCAACUAAAAACCGAAAAUUUGAUGUUAGAAAUUAAAACUGAUCAAAAGCGUAUGUAAGGCAGAAAGGACAUUUCCUUAUCCCCGAUCUCAGGAACUACCUUGUUCUUGCUAACUUCUUGACUUGGCUAGUUGCUUUGAGGUAUGUAUAAAGGCCAUCAGAGAGGAGUCAGUGUGUCUCAGUCUCUCUCUCUCUCUCAUCGUUACAUACUUACCAAAUAAAACAGAUGCUCCUCCAAAAUAGCAACCUGCAAGUCCUAGGACAGUAAGAAGUCUCGGUGAAAAUGACUGCCGUUCACAGGAAUUUCCAAUGACUGCAUGCUUACCUGAAAGACAUCUAACUUGAUGUAACUUUCCUUGAAGUUUAUUGGUACUAUGUACUCAUUACUUAAAUGUAAUUGAAACCAUUUUAAUUUGAUUCACUUUUGUGUGUCAGUUCUAUAACUGUUACCUCCUAAGUUCCUCCCUUCUUGUCUGUUUAUUCCAUCCAUCUUGCCAUCAUCAAAAGUUAGCCUUCCAAAUACCACUCUCAUUUUGAUGUGUUCUUUAAUCUUUUUUUUUCUGCCCUUUUAUGCUUAGUGUAGAAUUUCACAUUUUAUAGUGUGAUUAAAGAAAUGAUUAUUAUAGAGUGUUUAAAGGAAAUUGCACACACCUUGCAAUUUAAAUCUUUGGGAAACAGAAGAUUGCUUUUGAUUUUAUUUACAAUGCUUCAGAAUUUUUUCCCCCUGAUUUCUUAAAAAAAUUUUUUUUUUUUGCCUAUUCUCACCUCUCUGAAAAUAUGCUGUUACUAGAUUUUCUAACCAAGGAUUUUAGAUCAUAGCCAUAUGGUGGGUCUAUGAUCUUUGAAGCUAGUCACUUCAGGAAGCGUAGUAUAAGUUCUUAUUAAAAAUAAUUUUAGCCCAAAGAUGAUCUUUUGUGUAAUUUGUCUGCAACCUUUUUUUUUUUUAAGUUCUUUCUCAAAUAGCUUUUCUUUUAAUGUGUGUAGAAGUUGGACAUCAGUAUAUGGUGUGAUUCAAUUUUUAAAUAUGUUUACUGUCUUCAAAGGUUUUUUUUAAUAGUAUUCUCUUUUUCCAGCAGAGAGAAAUCAUCAUUGCCUGAAUUUAGUUUUGUGACCUACAAGAGCAAGACCUGUUCCUGUCUGGAGACGACUGUUAAAAUAUUAUCAUCUUGUCAUUUUUUGUGUGCCCUUUAUUAAUUUGAAUAGAUGUUUACAUGUACAGGAUUAUCAUCUUUACAGUUUGAGUACCUCUGAAUCUAGAAAUGUAUCCAAAUGUGUACUCUGACCUUAUUUUCAAAUGUUUUCUUUCUAGCCUUUUUUUUUUUAACAUACUUCACAAAGGAAUAAGACCUCUUGGUUUUGUAGUAUGAGAUACAUUCAGUCUCAACUAAAUUGCAGAGUGUGUCUGGGAACUCUACAAAGCCAUGAUACUGUGUUCAUUUGUGUGAACAAUUUAGAAUGAAGAAAAUGAAUUGAAAAAUUUAAAUAUGAUUUUGGUUCAAAAUUUUCUGGGAUUUAAUAUAUAUUUCUGGGAUUAAGAAUCACUUAAAGUAAUUUUGAACACAUGAUGAAGUACUUUUUUUUACAUGCUAUAACUUGCCUGUUUCUUCUGAAUGUACUUACUGAUGUUGCCAUGGCCACUUAAUUUUCUUUUUUAUUCUUAUUUCUUCAAAACAAAUUUUCUUUCUUUGAAAAUAAUAGAUGAUGAUAUGGAAUACCAGUAUUAAAACAUAUCUAUUAAAUGUCUAAUUUUACAGGGGUUUUUUUUCCUAUGUCUUCUUUACUUGCAAUCAAGACAUGAAGUACAAAGACAAUCUUUAGAAUAUCGCUUUCACCUUAAGAAGUAUUUGUAUAAAUUAUUUAUAAAUAAUGUGGCUUAGACUUAUGACAGAUAUGAUUAAAUCUCAUCCUGAAUAUUCACUCACAUAUCCUUUUUAUAGUGGACAUCAUAAAACAUUUUUUU